GACUCUCGGCAAAGGCGACGGCGACGGCAGCGACAACUAUUGGACUCGUACAAAAACCACUACAAACGCAAAAGCGGAGCGAAAACAUGAAUGAGCGUGAAUGUUGUUUAUAGAUUUUUAGUCGAAUUCUGUUAUUUCACGUUAAAGUACGUACGUGCGCUACGAACGGAUUGUGAACGGAGUGUGUGAAAUUAUUUAACGUGUGCCGCGUGUCAAAGAAAUACGUAAAAAUUGCACACGAAUGCAAAUGCACAACUACACACAUACGCACCAUAUGCAAAUCUCUGUUUCUGUGUACGUCCACGUCUGUGAGUGCUCUGCUCUGUGAAAGUUCGCAAUAAUUCGAAAUAUUUUUUAAUAUUUAAUAUUUAUGCUAAAGUGAUGAUGUUUUCAAAAGUGCUUUAUACUUAGACUGAGAAUACAUACAUAUAUAUUAAUUUACACCAUAAAAUAUUAUUAUAUUAUAAAUCAUAAAUCAUAAAUCGAAAGGGAAUUCUCGACGUCGCAAUAUACGCAACAUUCAUUUAUUCAAAGAGGUUUUUACUCCUCCACCUUCUGCCUGUCCCCCGUCGCCGCAACCACCGCUGCCGCUCAGACUGUCACAUUGUAUGUCAAAAUCACACGUACGUGCCUCGUCAUAAACGCGCCCUAAACGAGGCAUUCAAGCGAAACCGCAAAAGAAAACAAAACAGCAUACAAAACCAAAAAACACAGCAACAACAACAACAACAAUAAAUUGAAAGGCGCAGCCAAAGAAAGAAAGUAAUUUAAUAGCUGAAAAAGCGUUAAUUGUUGUAUUCUUAUUCGAUUCGAAUUGCAUUUUGCAACUUUUUGGCGCGUAACGCAAAAUGAGAUUAUAACGUGCACAGCAACAACCAUAACAAAGUAGCCAAUCACAUUUAAUAAAUGUUAAGCAGCUGCAAUUAAAAUAUUUAAUGAAUUUAUUACACAAUUAAAAUACCAACACCACAUACCGCACCGCACCGCACCGCAUCGCACCAAAGGCAGCAAAUAAAAAUUAAUAUGCCGCAAGCGUGAAAGUCACAAUUCGACGCAUAAGCCCCCUUGAAUUAUUAAUGAUAUAAAUUACAAUCAAACAAACAAUAAUACAACAAUACGCCACACACAAUAACAUUAAGAAUCCCCAAGCAACAAUAACAACAGCAACUGCAAUUUCGAAAAUCGACGGCUUAAUCAGCUAGUUUCGAGGCGCAGGCGCCGCUUUUCACACGAGUUGGCAGCACGCCACUCUUCACGGUACGGCAGGCCACUCUACACGGUACGGCAGUGCGCAAAGUCCACACCACAAUUAAUUGGCAGCGUCCGCUCCUCGCUCCUCGUUCCCGCCUCGUCAGCUAGCCAGCGUCUCCCAAGCUCAACUCCAACGCCUCCUUAACCAAAGAACCAGCCGUCAAAGUGGAUUUAUCAAAUUAUAACAAAAUGCUGCAAUCCAGCAACCAUCACUACCUGAGGCCGGAUUAUAUGACAGCUGCCGCCGCCCCAACAGCGCUGGACAAUAAAAGCAGUCCGUUGGCGCUAUUGGCGCAAACAUGCAGCGCCAUCGGUGCGGAUACCGCGAAUCCAAAGCUGCUUGCAGCCAACAUUGAGAAGUCGACAAAGCAGCAGCCGAAAGGCAUCGCCCAAGGCUUGGGCAAUGGCAACGGCAGCGGCAACGGCUUGGGCCUCAGUCUGGGGGACAGCACACGCGAUAAAUCCUCACCGGUUAGCAGUCAUUCAUCCAGCGUUAGCACCGGCUCUGUGGAGCAGCAGCAGCUGCCGCCGGCUCACAGUAAAACCCCCAGCACCUUUAAGCCCUAUGAGGCCAAUAAUAACGACUGCGGCGCCACAAAUCUCAGCAGCAGCAGCAGCAGCGGCAACAACAACACCAGCAGCAGCCACAACCUCAACACCAACACCAACAGCAACAGCAACAACCAACGCGUUAAGACACCCAAAGCGAAUGGACAACAGCGCUGCGAUUCGAACCAAAGUGCCAGCAGCUCACAGCGCGAAUCGCCAAAUGCAAUGGCAAACUCGAACGCGAAUGCGGCAAUGGCAAAUGCCGCUCUCAGACGCACACCCACCACAGCAGGCGCCCAGAUCAAUGGCAGCCCGGUGAUGGUGCAGUCAUCCAUGCCAGCUCGAAGCAAUUCCAAAGAGUCCGCUGCAUUGAGCAGUCCAAGUUCUGCUGCUGCUGCUGCCGCCGCCGCCGCCACCUCGAAUCGCCUCCAGGAAGCCGUCUACGCAGCUGCCAAGGAGGCUAGCUAUGUGAAAGCUCUUCAUGCAGCCAGCCAGCAGGCGAAUCCCUCGGCAGCCUCCUAUUAUCCUCCAGGCUAUGGUGCUCCAUACCCCAUGGACUUGAUGGCAGCCAGCUCGUUGAUGUCACCACAUCAUGCCAUGUUCAAGGCGUCGGCGAUGAGUCCCUAUCUGAACUACGCUCGACUCAAGGGUCUCACGGAACCAUCAGCCAUGAUGGCCGGCGCACCCAACGUGUGUCGGGAUCCCUACUGCACUGGCUGCCCAGCGAGUCCGCAUUACAUCAACAAAGCUGCCGGCCAGCCCUGUCCGGCUGGUUGUCCGCAGUGCGAGGUCUCUGGUGGCAGCAAGUCGAGCACGAUAGGUGCCAGCUCAGCCAGUGGAGGAGGUAGCUCCAGUGCAGCAGCAGCGGCUGCAGCCUCAUAUCACGCCCAGCUGGCGGCAAUGGCGGCCGCUUCCCAACUGCCGUACGUGUGCUCCUGGAUUGGCAGCGAUGCGGCGUACUGUGGCAAGAGAUUUGGCACCUCCGACGAUCUAUUCCAGCAUUUGCGCACACACACGGCCUCUGUGCCGGACGCAGUGUUGAGUGCGGCAGCAGCAGGAGGCAUACCACCGAACCAUCCGCUAUUCCAACGCACCUACCCAACUCCGCCGCUGAGUCCGUUGUCGGCGGCGGCACGCUACCAUCCGUAUGGCAAGCCAUCAAUGCUGCCCCCAUCCCUGGCACCGCCCGGACUCCCCGGCCUGCCGCCACAUCCUGCACUGGCGCAAUACUUUGCGCCCUACUCGUUAUACGGACCACGCAUGGGCUCAUCGCAUCCGUAGUAAACAUAGAGAAGCUAGGGCAACGGAUGGGAGUGGGGAGCGGGGAACGGAGAACGGAGAAAGGAGGGAGAAGAGAGAACCGGGAGGGUCAACUCACUCGUGAAACGAAAAGCUAGUGAUCUAAUGUACGAUAGUUACAUACAAAUGUUUAAUAUUAGCUUUAGGCUCUAACGCAAAGUUGAAAAGAUUCUAUUCAAGGACUUACAUAGGCAUGACUUAUUUAAGACAGCUUUCCAUCGGAGAGUCGGUCUGUCGUCUGUCGUAUGUCCCAUUUACUCGUAAUGCUUAUGGUAAUUUUAAUAUUAUUUAUUAAUGUCAAAGAGAACAACAAAAAUAAAAAUAAACACAAAAGCAAAUACAAAUACAA